CGGCGGACACUGCGGUAGACUGUGCUGUCGCCGACGGCAUUAUGGAAGACGAGAAUGCUAAGGCAGCAUGUCCUGCCAGCCGCCUUCGCUGUCGUCGAGCUGAAUGCAUAUCUCGCUUCUCUCGCUUGUCUGUAUCAGAUGCUGCAGUACGGUUACCAAGGCCGCGCAAAGCCGGGAACACUCGGCACACGCGUGAAGAUGGAGCUGCAAAACUGUGUCGAAUCAAGAGCAAAGCAAUGCAUCGGCCUGCCAGUGUGAAUGCUUCGGUGAGGUGGUGGUGAAGCCCUGACCACGGCUGUUUCCAGACGCACACAUAUGAAACGCCGAUGAUCGUCACGAAGGUACGCAUACAUAAAACCUCCGUCAAUUCCUCAAUUCAGAUACGCUUUCCCCAUAUGCCCAUCUUCCUAUCGAGCGCCGGGGCUGUACUCCACACUCCCCCAGAUGCAUCAUUACUCCGCCCUCGGGACUCAUCUCCACCUUUCCGAGCGAUGCGACCCAAAUAUGCCCGGGUCUAACCGUAUCACCCCUCCAGAAGGAUAGAUAUAUAUAAACACCAAACCCUGCCUCUUGAGCAGCAGAUCAACUCACACAGCAGUUG